AUGUCGUUCCCUAGUUCCAAUUCAGAUCCAAAAUCCCUUCGUGUAUUUCCAUUGGCCCUGUGCGCAUCCACCUGCUCCGUCAGACUUGACUUCCCAUUGCUCUUCGAAAAGGCACAGGAGCUUCUAUCCACUAUUUCAGUGCUGGAAGUCACAAUUUCAAAACUUGAACAAGAAAUUAUCUCUUUGCAUUUCCAACUUAGUCAGGAAAGGAAUGAGCGGAGGCUUACAGAAUAUCGUUUGAGGCAUUCAGCUUCUCAGUCUGCAUUUGUUUACUCCCCUGAAACUCCAAAAGAAGCGAUUUCAUCUUCUUUGAGGUGUUGGAAGCAUUCUAAUUCUGCACUGCAUCACUCUUAUGAGGAUAUCUCUGGUGAAGACCACCCUUUUGAAUCUAGCUCCGAAACAUCUUGUACACAAUCAGAAAUAGAGCAUGCAGUGAAGUCAAUUGCACUUUUGGAUGACAAAGCAUCUGUGAAGAUGGUCUCCAAACCUGCUCAACCUGUAGAGUUCAAGAAGAUUCCAAAAGGAUUACCAACUAAGGGCCUCUGGGAUUACCCUAAUCAACUUUCAGAGGAGAUGGUAAGAUGUAUGAAGAAUAUAUUCAUGACUCUGGCAGAUUCUGCUAUACCAUCAAAGUCAUCUGCACUGGAAAGCCAAUCCUCACCUGUAUCUCCUCCAGAUUCUGCUAUACCAUCAAAGUCAUCUGCACUGGAAAGCCAAUCCUCACCUGUAUCUCCUCAAGGACAUUUUUCCAAUUCAUCAUGGUGGUCAUUGUCUGAGCGCUCGAAGAUUUCAUCAUGGGUGCAGAGCCCCCAAGUUGAUAUACAGUCCAACUCUGAAGUUUUGGCUUCAGAGAAUGUCUUUGAUCCCUACAGAGUGCAUGGGAAGUUGAGCUGGGCAGACAUAGGAAACUAUGGGUUAGCUACUGAAGUUUCUUGGAUGUCAGUUGGGAAGAAGCAAUUAGAAUAUGCCUCAGGGGCAUUAAGGAGUUUCAGGAUUCUUGUCGAGCAGCUGGCCAAAGUGAAUCCUAUCCACUUGACAUGCGAUGAGAAGCUUGCUUUCUGGAUGAACUUGUACAAUGCUCUUAUUAUGCAUGCAUACUUGGCAUAUGGAGUUCCAAGAAGCGACUUGAAGCUCUUUUCCUUGAUGCAAAAGGCUGCGUACACUGUGGGAGGUCAUUCUUUUAGUGCAGCUGCCAUUGAGUAUGUUGUUCUGAAGAUGAAACCACCACUCCAUAGGCCGCAAAUUGUAUGCAACUGUUUUAAUUAUGUCAAUGGAUUAGUAACUGUUUUGUUCUUGCCUAAUGUGUCAUUCCCUGAUUUGGUGAGCCAAGGGAAUGGGUACAUAUGUGAUGUACAAAAUAUAAGAAUAAAGUUUUUAGUUAGUUAUCUUUUUAUGCCUAUCUAGUUCAAAAAAAAA